GGAGUGUGAGAAACUCUCUAAGCUGAGUUUUUUCUGCUGUCCUGGGGAGUGAGAGGGGACGGGGGGUGGGGGAUCAGGGGUUUGAAGAAGGAGAAAUGGCAGCCAAUGCAGGUCCACGUGCCUCACGUGUGGUGCACCAUCAUCCUCCGUCCAACCUCUCUGACAGUCAACAAGGAAUUGGCUAUGACUCUGAGCAGUGUAGAUCAAGUGACAGUGAUGAUGACAGUGAUAGUGGUCUAGGCUCGAGGGAAGUUCCAGAGUAUAAUAUGCCCUCUGCCCCUUCUGUAAUGCCGGUGCAAACCCCUCUGACUCUUGCGAUGGGGCAAAACCAUCUUCAGCUGAGCAUGGCUGUCCCUGGGAUGGCCCCAAACUCGACAGCGGGAAUGGCACAACAGCAGCAGCAGCAACAGUUCCGCCAUGCUGGGCAGCCUCCACCUGGUAAUCAGUCCAAUCAGAGUGCAAGGAAGCGGAAUACCAGUUCAGACGACAAGGAGCGGAAAAGGCUGAAGAGGCUACUGAGGAAUAGGGUAUCAGCUCAACAAGCUCGAGAAAGGAAGAAGGCGUAUUUGACAGACCUGGAGGUGCGGGCAAAGGAAUUAGAGGCUCGAAAUGCACAAUUGGAGGAGAAGCUGACCACGCUUCAGAGAGAGAACUUCAUGCUUCGACAGGUUGUUAAGAAUACAACGCUGAAAAAACAGCCCGGGGCAGGAGCUGGCGGAUCGGGGGUUGGUGGCAUGGGUGGCCCUCAAGGUGGAGGGGUACUUGCUUGAGAGAAGAAUGAGAAUUGAUUGAUUGAUUGAUUGACUGAUUGAUUGAUUGAUUGCCUGAUAAAUGCAUGCAUGCAUUUUACGGCAAACACACAUCUAUCUAUUCCUUUGCUCCGAUGGACACCCCACAAUUGGUUAUUUAUGAUGGAUGCUUGUAACACAAGCUGUUGUGUUCAGAAAAUUCAUCUUCCUGACUCUUGAGGCCCUGGCCAGAUGAUUGUCCCGCCCAGACAACCUGUCCAUGAGAUUGCAUACGUCCAUACAACAUUUGCAAAUGCACAUGGAAAAGGGGGGGGGGGAGAGAGAGAGAGAGAGAGAGAGAGAGAGAGAGAGAGAGAGAGAGAGAGAGAGAGAGAUGUAUGGGUACAUGCCGAUUGAUGUACAGCCUUGAUAGGAGGAUUGGUAGUGGUUGAUCUCAAACAUGGGGUAAUACUCAGAACUGAUGUAUGAAGCCGCAGCCGCGGCAAUCUAACAGCCUGAACGAUACAUGCCGCUCUCCUACAUUUACACAUGUGCACUUCGGUCAGGAAAUGGAGGAAGGGGUUCGGCAGGCAGAAGUGCAGCAAUCAUAGCCAUAAAUAUGAGAGAGAGAGAGAGAGAGAGAGAGAGAGAGAGAGAGAGAGAGAGAGAGAGAGAGAGAGAGAGAGAGAGAGAGAGAGAGAGUCAUAAUUUUUCCCUGUAAUGGAUGAUGAGCAGACUCACACCACGGCUAUCGUGAGGGUCUGACCGCAUUCAUGCCCAGAGUAGUUGGCAUAGUGCCACCUUGAGUCGAUGACCCCUGGCAUCCCCACUCAAGCGGCCUUUGUGACCAUUGUCCAUCUUCAGCAGGUUGCUUGGCACCGGCAUCAUCAUCGUAAUCAUCAACGUUAUAUCCUUCUCCACCAGCGUCAAGGAUGCAUCAUGGCCUGCCACUUGCGCACUGGUUCAGGGUUCCUUGCCAGGCAGGCAAACGCGCAGGACGGCAGGCAGAGAGGGAAGCUGGCGGUGCUGCAUCUAGAGCUGGGGCUGUCGACGUCAAAGGAUUUUCAUCCUACGGUCUCCGUUGAUGAUGCCAGGUUAGACUUUGCUGUGCGUUCAAGGGGCAACUGCUGGUCAUGGCUCCUCGGGUGGUCACUGGCUCGAUUCUUCGUUCUGAUAGGGCACUAGGACAUAAUCGCCGCUUGUGGUGAUUGUGGUAGUAGUGGUAGUGGAGGUAGUGGAGGUAGUGGAGGUAGCGACACUGUUUUCUCGUAAGUGCUUUGCAUUUUCACAAUCCCAUCAAGUCUUCGGGCCUCCUGUUCAUUAUUUGCUCUUUGCAAGGGAGGAGAGUUCUCUUCCCUGUGGCGGUCACAGGUUCAACACCCCCUUCAGUAAAGAACAUAGUCACUGCUGGUGGUAGUGCUGUUGCUGAUCAUCAUUUUGUUUGUUCUUCUUUACUUGCAUAUCGCACACGGUAUCUGACAUGUUUUUUCGGAUGGGGAGACACAUGUCCGAUGACUGUCAUGUCUUCAAGGUCCUUCCUUACCCAGCCAGCAACUAGCUGUAAACAAAAUUAUAGCCAGAGUUAAGAAACAAUCACAGCCAAACAACCUCAAGAAGAGGGGCAUGCGAGGAAUGAGGGAGGGAGAGCGGAGGAGAGAGAGGAAGGGGAAGAGGGAGGGAGAGGGAGAGUGAGAGCGAGCGAGCGAGAGAGAGAGAGAGAGAGAGAGAGAGAGAGAGAGAGAGAUCAAUGGAUAGGAAGGAAGAUAGAGUGUGAAGUUGUGUGUUGCAUGGUCCUACAUCCUAGCGGGAAAGUUACCUCUUUAUGCUUUUGUGUUACGCUUGUUGUUUCCCAUUACGAGUUCCAAUUUUCAACCGUAUC